ACUAUUGAAGUUGGUAAGGAUCCUAACGUAAAAAUAUUUCGUGCACAUAUGAUUAUCCUAUGUCACCGUUCUUCAUUUUUACGAAGAAUUUUAACUUCAAACAAAAAGAAUAAUGAUGUUUUAGCUCAUAUUAAAUUAUCAAAUAUUUCUCCGGAAACCUUUCAAAUUAUCUUGAGGUAUCUUUAUGGUGGCAUUUUUUCAUUAAAU